AUGAUAGUAUCGGAGGAAUUGUUUAAGAAGUCGCUAUCCAAACUUUUCAGAGCAGGAAUGCCAUCAAAAGUUGCGGUUGCAUUGUCGGGUGGACCUGAUUCCAUGCUUCUUACAUGGUUAUUGCAGAAUCAGAAACGUCAAAUGAAAAACCUUGAUAUAUAUGCCAUCACAAUAGACCAUAAAUAUCGAUCUGGAUCGCACGAGGAAGCAAAAAAAGUCCACCAAUGGAUUAAGGAUUGGGACGUGUUGCAUAUAAUCAAAUCAUUAGAGUAUAAAGACAACAUUGACCCCAAAAAGUUGACCAACUUUGAAGAAGUCGCCCGAGAAGAAAGAUACAGGGUAAUGUCACAAAUUUGUUUCAAAGAGUCUAUUCCGGUGCUAUUUAUGGGGCAUCAUCGGGACGACCAAUUAGAGACAUUUAUUCAACGACUACAAGGUAAUUCAUCUAUCUUUGGAUUGGCUGGAACUAGAAGUGUUUCGCCCGUGCCAACAUCGAAAGACUUGUCUCCGAAUGAGACCCAAGAUAAACUUCAAAUCCAAAUAGCAAGGCCAUUUUUGGAGUUUGAUAAGAAGGACAUUCUUGAAACUUGCAAUGCCAACGGUAUUCAUUAUGUUACUGAUCUUACAAAUGGAGAUGUAGGUUUGACCAGAAGAAACUAUUUACGUUAUUUGAUAGGUGAGGUUAUUCCUCAUAAAAGUGGUAAUCACCAAGGUGAUAUUUCUGCCUCGGAAACUACUGCAAGAAAUGAUCCAUAUAGCUUGAUUCAGAAGACAGAAUUGAUUAAACUGCAUGCCAGUUGUCAUGAUUUUGCUUCAUUGUUUGAAAAUAAAGCACAGAAGUUGUCGGCAUAUCUCCAGAAGAAUGAUCUAGUAAAGGAAUAUCCCCAAUUGGGUAAAUUGGAAGUGACCUUGCCACGUGAUUGUCUACAGGGCAUUAACUGUGUUGUAACGAGCAGGUAUUUAUACAGGAUUUUACAUCCUUAUUCAACAUCGAAACACUAUCACUGGGUAUAUGCCAAACUUGAGCGUCAAUUGAUUCCAAGAAUAGCAAAUUUUUUAGAGAAACACAAACUGGGCAUGUUGAAAAUGACCAUUAUGAAUUUGGUGUUUGAGAUAAAGAAUAAUAGCCAUUCCGAUAUGAUACCUAUAAAGAUCUACCGUUGCCCAAUAGUCAAAAGAGAAUCAUCCAGCUUAGAGAAGCGGUUGGUGGUUACCAACAAAUGGAGUGAAUGGGAAUUAUUUGACAGUAGAUUUUGGAUUAGGAUUAGAAGCAAACUUCUGCACUAUAAAAUUAGGAUAGUUCCUUACUUUCACAAGGUACAUAAGCCAAUGAUUGAGGAGAAGUUGUUUGCAAAGUUUCAACCUAGCCAGGAUCAUGAUACAUUGCCGGUGUUUUUGGAUGAACUGACUCAGAAAAUCAUUGUGUUUCCAACAUUGUCUAUGAUAUCUCCAAAGUACGACUUAGAUUAUCAAUGGGCUCAAAAGAAGAAUAGGUUUACAUAUUUUGAAUAA